AUGGUGCAACAACUUAUAUUUGCCACAGUGUCACCGGUGCCCGUCACAGGACUGUCUGGUCAAAGGGUACCGGAUGUACAUGGCGUUGUUCAGCUGACGAUCCAGCCGCGAAAUCGCCCUACGCCGUCAAUAAGUGUCAAACCUUGGGUGCUGUCUUCGAUCACUACCGACAAGCCAGCUCGGCAAUUACCAGCUCAGGUCCGGGCUAGGUGUAGCCACUUGACUCUGGCAGAUCCGAGUUUCGACAAACCUGCUCCCGUCGAUAUGCUCAUCGGCGCCGACAUCUUUCCACAAGUCUGGAAUGAUAAAAGCAGUUCGUUAGGCUCAGGAUUCCCUUCAGUGUACAGCUCGGUCUUCGGUUGGGUCCUGAUUGAUCCGGUACAAGAACAUCCAGACAUUGGAGCUCAGUCGAUGUUGGUGUCCUUGGUGUCUUCAUUGGAAACUCUCAUGGAAAGAUUCUGGUUGGUAGAGGAACCGGACGCGGCUCCGCAGCAGUUCACGGAAGAUGGUCUGUGUGAAGAGUUGUUCCACUCGGAAGUCAACAGGGAUUCGCAGGGCCGAUUUUCUGUGCCACUUCCUUUUCGCUCAGGUCAACCAGUGAAAUCCUUUCCGGGUUCUCGGCAGGUAGCCCUCAAUCGGUUUCUGCAGCUAGAGCGGAAGUUGGCGGCAGAUAACAUCUUAUAUGCAGCCUACCGCAAGUUCAUGUCCGAGUAUGAGGAACUCGGUCAUAUGACCCGGGCAGAGGGUGUCGGACAGUAUUAUAUCCCGCAUCAUGCGGUCCAGAAGGUUGAAGGGGAUGAUGUCAAGCUUCGAGUAGUGUUCGAUGCUUCGGCGAAGUGUCACUCGGGAAUAUCCCUCAACCAGUGUUUGCUAGUAGGACCAAAGUUGCAACAAGACAUUGUUGAUGUCUUGGUUGGGUUCAGGGUGCAUAAGGUGGCAUUCACAACGGACAUUUGUAAGAUGUAUCGACAGAUUGAGGUACUGCCGCAAUACCGAGGAUAUCAGUACAUCCUGUGGCGCGAAUCACCUCAAGUCGCUGUCAAAGAGUAUACCCUGAACACCGUCACAUAUGGGGUAAAUAGUGCUCCCUAUUUAGCUCUGAGGGUUCUCCGCUACAUCGCCGACACGGAAUGCGCAGAUCAGCCAGACGUGAAGGGAGCGUUGUACAACCAAACGUACAUGGAUGAUAUAUGUGUUGGCGCGGAGUCAUUGGAAGCUGCCAAAGCGUUGCAGUUCAACCUGAUCAAGAUUCUCGCCAGAUCCGGCCUACAACUACGGAAAUGGGCUAGCAACACUCCUGAGUUGCUGGACCAUCUGCAUCCGCGCUGUGUUGACCACCACGGUAAUCGAAUAGGUAAUCAGUAA